GAUCCUCGCCAUACGGUUAAAGAAAUAGUUUGACGUCUGCACAGCUGCAGCUCUGCACGGUGGUGUGUGACCACAGGGUAUUGAUCCAGCGGCAUUUGUUGGGGCACGCCUGAUUUCUUGUGGAAAACACAACUACACAGAUGCAACUUCCAAGAAUCAUAACGUGUUCGGCCUGAGUCGUGCAUCAUUGACGGUGUCUGAACUAGGUCUUUAAGAUUUUGAAAUCUGUUCCUACACAUCCGUUGCGAUUGUGUUACAUUUGUUUUUUUUCUAAUAAAGAGAUCUGGUACAAUUUCUAUAAAGGUAUGACAAUGUAUAUCGAUUUAAUAGUAUUCUUUAAGGGAUCUGUUUGUCUGUCUACGUGCCCGCACGUUUUUCUAUCUGUCGGCCGGUCUGUCUAUCUAUCACUACACGUAAUUUUUUCGUAUGUCUAUCUGGGAAAAUGAGCGACAUCCAGAUCAUAUUACCUUGAAGUUCUAUGAAAAUUAGGUUAGUAUUUGUAAAAUAUAUUUAUUUAUUUUUUGUGUAUGUUUGCUUUUGGGCUUAGGGCUAAAGAAUAAUCAAUCUAAUUGUGUACAUAUAUCUCUUUCCCUCCCACAUGGCCUAAUAUAUCAUUUCUCUUAACCUUAUAUUGGUAUGCUUUUUACGUACAUUAUUAUUCCUGGCGGUAAAUCCUCUCUCUUCUUUGUGUUAAUUGUAAUAAUGUAUGCCCAUUGUACAAAGGUUUUUAAUGCUCAAAACAGAUGUCUUAUUCGUCUUUCGUUUUCUCAGGGAUCAUUUGACGAGCAGGGCUGAAAUGGAGAAAAAUAUUAUGGCCACCAUCUUUUUUAUCCUUGUCGCAGCGAGCCACGUGCUCAUGUCUGACAAAAAUAAAGACAUUGACCUUGUCAUUAUUGGGAAAACCGGAAACGGCAAAAGCGCGACCGGAAACACGAUUUUGGGAAAGAAGAGUUUUGUCACUUCGCCAAAUUCUAAAUCCGUGACGAAGACCGCCCAGUUCGAUUACUCCGAAUAUAACAAUCGAAUCAUCAAAGUCGUAGAUAGCCCGGGCAUAUUCGAUACCGAUCUUAGCAAGGAAGACGGUUUGAAAUUAUUCAUCGACGCUAUCCACAACGCCAUAGCCCUUAACCCAGAGGGUUACCACGCGUUUCUAUUGGUUGUUCGUUUUGGUUCUCGAUUCACCGAGGAAGACCAAAAAACAGUUUAUUUCCUGAAGAAGAUAUUCGGCGAAGAUUUCUUCAGUAAGUUCGUUAUUAUGGUGGUUACCUACGGAGACAACUACGAUGCGGAAGAAACUGGAGUCGCUCGGUUCUCUGACUGGGUCAAAACGCAAGGAGGUUCUUUGAAAAAUUUAGUAGAUGAAUGCGGUGGCAGGGUGAUAUUAUUUGAUAACAAAUGUAAAGACGAGGUCAAGAAAAAAACACAGGUUGACCAGCUGUUGACCAUGGUGGAUAGACUCAGCGUCCUGGGGCUGAGGUAUACCAACAGCCAUUUCAAGAUGGCCCUUGACGAGCGUGAGAAAAUGAUGGUGGAGAAUAUCCUGCCCAUGAUCCGGGAGGAAAGCUUGAGGGAGGCCAGCUUAAUCUUGGAACAACUUGGUCAGGUUCAAGCACAUGAACCAAAGAAACGUUUGGACAUUCUGGAGGCUCUGGAAUCUAGGGCCGGUGCAUUACUUGAGGGCAUCAUAGAACAAGACAAGGGCACUGGUGCCCUGGACGCAUUAAUUGAAAAUGCUCAGCACAUAGUGCAGAAUGUUGGAGACCAAAUGCAUGCAGCGAACGAAGCAUUAGAGCUCCAAGCCAACAAGGUUAAAACGAAGAAGAAAAUUAAAGACCUGAAAGAAACUAGAGACCACGCACGAAAAGAUAACAACUUUCAACUAGCCGCCGAUCUGAAAGAGAAAAUAGACUAUCUUGAGAGGGCAUUCGCGGACCAAGAUGAAACUGACAGGCUGAGGUCUCAAGAUUUAAAAGUUGCCUAUGAGAGGGCUUUGGGGGAGUUUAAAAGCGCAAAGGAAGAGUCAGCUUGGGCAAUGAUAAAGUCUUUUGGUCGAGGCCUUUUGAAUAAUUUAUAUUAUAUUUUAUCGUUUGGCUUUCUCAGAGACCUAUAAUAUAAUUAUGUCUUAGC